AAAAAUGGAGAUAUAAUGAUAGGUGGAAUAUUUGAAAUUAGUUCUACAACAAUUCUACCUGAUCUUUCUUUCAAAUCCAAACCAGACCAAUGGAGAUGUGAAGGUUUUGAUGUUUCAGUAUUUCAAACGGCACAAACAAUGGCUUUCGCCAUUGAAGAGAUAAACAAAGAUCCGACUCUUCUCCCAAAUCUAACACUGGGUUACAGGCUUUAUGACAACUGUGUGAAGCUGCCAUUAGCUUUGCGAGCUGCCACCACUUUGAUUGGGGGCAUGGAAGACGUCAUUAUUGAUUACGAUUGUGAAGGACUUCCUCCUGUGGUGGCCAUUGUAGGAGACCCAGUAUCAACACAUUCAAUAGCUAUAUCAAGGAUUUUAGGGCUGUUUGGAAUGCCAUUGGUCAGUUUUUAUGCUACAUGCUCCUGUUUAAGCAAUAAACAAGAAUUCCCAUCAUUCUUUAGAACAAUCCCAAGUGACGCAUUCCAGGUCAAAGUUAUUGUUGAAAUCAUUAAACAUUAUGGAUGGACCUGGGUUGGCAUUAUUGCCAGUGAGGAUGACUAUGGGCAGUAUGCAGUAAGAACUUUUAAUGAGGAGGUUACAAAAUAUGCUUGUGUUGCAUUUUCUGAGACUAUUCCUAAAGUAAAACAGAAGAAUAAAGUUUCCCAAAUAAUCAAUACUAUAAAACAAUCCACUGCAAAAGUUAUUGUUGUAUUUUCAUCCGGUGUUGAUUUAAAUGCUUUAUUUGAUGAAGUUGUUUCACAGAACAUUACAGGCAGGCAGUGGAUUGGAAGUGAAGCAUGGAGUACUGGCAGUAUAUUGAUAAACAAGGAAAAAAUUGGUUCUUUUGCUGGUACUCUAGGUAUAGCUAUAAGGAGAGGGGAAAUCCCGGAAUUACAAAACUUUUUGCUAAAGGUAUGUCCAGAUUUUGACCCCAAGAACAGUUUAUCUGUACAAUUCUGGGAAUCAACGUUUGACUGUAAAUUCCAAGGUAAUAUGCAAGAACAAAACUCUUCUACUUGGUCUGAUGUCAAGGCAUGCACAGGGUUUGAAGAUCUGCCGAGCAAAAGCACAGGAUAUAGCGAUGUUUCUCAACUCAGAGACUCUUACAAUGUGUACAAAGCUGUUUAUGCUUUAGCACAUGCACUGCACAGUCUGGUGUCCUGUGAAACAGGAAAAGGACCCUUUGAAAACCAUAACUGUGCAAAUGUCAGGAAUAUUCAGCCCUGGCAGUUGUUACAUUAUCUGAAGAAAGUGAAUUUCACAAAUCACUUAGGUGAAAGAAUAGCUUUUGAUGAAAAUGGAGAUGUACUGGGAAUAUAUGACAUUAUUAAUUGGCAGCAAGGUGAUGAUGGUAUUGUGACAAUUAAAAAUGUAGGAGUUUUUGAUAAAUCUGCAGUGGCAAGUCAAGAGCUUUAUUUGGAUGAAAAAGAAAUAUUCUGGAAUUUUGAACCAAGAAAGGUUCCUGAGUCAGUUUGUAGCAAAAGCUGUGAGCCUGGCACUAGAAAAGCCACCAGGAAAGGACAGCCGGUGUGUUGCUUUGACUGUAUACCCUGUGCUGAUGGAGAGAUAAGUAGUGAUAUUGACUCUAUUGAAUGUCUACCAUGUCAACCAGAAUUUUGGUCAAAUCAUGGAAGAAAUCAAUGCAUUAUGAAAGAAAUCGAGUUUCUCUCAUAUGAAGAUUCAAUGGGACUUACACUAACUACAACCGCCUUAACUGGUGUUUGCCUUUCCCUUGCUAUUUUGACUGUUUUUAUUCAUUAUCGCCACACUCCAGUGGUGAAAGCAAACAAUUCUGAGCUAAGUUUUCUUUUGCUGGCAUCACUGACAUUAUGCUUCUUUUGUGCUUUAUGUUUCAUCGGACAACCUACAAAUUUAAGUUGUAUGUUGAGACAUGUGAUGUUUGGAAUUAGCUUUGUUUUGUGCAUUUCUUGCAUUCUUGUAAAAACCAUUGUUGUCAUAAUGGCCUUUAAAGCUAAACUGCCAGGUAAUAACCUAAUGAAGUGGUUUGGGGUUCCCCAGCAGAGAGGUACAGUAUUUUUCUUUACAUUAAUACAGUCUGUAAUAUGCAUUGUAUGGCUGUCAACAGCGCCUCCUGUUCCAAAUAAAAACACCAAAAUUCAAAGUGUUAAAAUUAUCUUUGAAUGUGAUGUUGGAUCGCUCACUGGAUUUAGCUGCCUACUGGGAUAUAUUGGCUUUUUAGCUGGCAUUUCAUUUAUUUUAGCAUUUCUUGCUAGAAAUCUUCCAGACAGCUUUAAUGAAGCAAAAUUCAUCACAUUUAGCAUGCUGAUCUUCUGUGCAGUUUGGAUAACAUUUAUUCCUGCUUAUAUUAGCUCUCCUGGAAAAUACACAGUGGCUGUGGAGAUAUUUGCCAUUUUAGCUUCAAGCUUUGGGGUCCUAUUUGCAAUAUUCCUUCCCAAAUGUUAUAUCAUUUUAAUUAAACCUGAGAAAAAUAACAAAAAAGCUCUCAUGGGUAAACCAGCAACUAAAAAAUAG